UUUAUCGAAAACGUUCCGCAGAAUGCACAUUUCCUUUGGAGGACAUGGCGACCUAUCGAAAAGUUGAGCCACUAGAUGGUUACAAGUACGAGGGCCGAACCCCUGGGAUAGGAGAGGCCAUCGGCCUUGGAAUCGGAAUUAUCACGUAUAGAGCGUUAGCUAACAAAUUGCCUCGUAUUCCACCUACGCCCACUCUGUACUUUCUACCAGCCUUCAUGGCAGUAGGCUAUCUGUUUGGGAAACAGUUGACAGGCAUCAAGACUCGAUGGGCCAUGAAGAAUCAGCUUAUCCUAGAAGACUAUAGGGCAGCUCAUCCUGAAGAUUUUGUGCGACCCCCACCAGUCUACUAUAAAGAUCUUCUAAUGCCAUGGAUACCGAUCCGCUGAGUCCUUUGUUUGGGAAUCAGAAAUGUGUUGUCACGCUUAUCAGAACUAAUGAACUAUUCAAAGUGGAUUGGUCAUGAUUGUAUUAGUUUGAAAAUCAAGAACCACUUCAUGUAGAGGUAGUGUUUUGUACACACACUAUGUUAUAUUAUUUAUGAAUAAACAAAAAAUAAUAAAGAGAAAAUAAAUAAAAUACAAUU